GUUGUUUGAUACUCCCUUAGAAUGCAAUGGCAGCACAUUCGGCCGCAAAGGCCAUCAACACACAGGAACUCACCGACAAGGCUCGCCGAGAACUACUACAUCAUCUCGAACAAGUCCGAGGCAAGAAGAACAUAGUCUUGGAAAGGUCACUCGCCGGUACUAUCGGUCUCAUUGUCAAGUUCAGCACGCUCCAAGAAUAUGGCGUCGACAAGCCUUUCUUCCUGGAAAACCACAACAUCGACUCGAGCCAACGAAACAUCGUCUUCGUGGUCCGUGGAGAGAAUGCCAACAAGAUCCGCAUGGUCGCGGAGCAGAUCAAGCUCGUACGAAGCGAGAGCAAGAUCGAUCAUGACUUUACCAUCAUCUGGGUGUCUCGACGGACCAUGAUCAGUGAUAUGAUUCUCGAGGAACAUGGAGUGCUGGGAGAGGCCAACAUCACAGAACUCGCCUUGCACUUUGUCCCGCUGGAGCCGGACCUGCUAUCGUUGGAGCUGGAAGAUGCAUUCAGUGGUCUUUGUUUGUUGAAAGAUCCCUCGAGCAUCUUCGCCUCUGCCAAAGCUCUGAUGCUACUACAGAAGCAAUAUGGCCUCUUUCCUCGGAUUCUAGGCAAAGGUGACAAUGCACAACGGCUGGCCGAACUUCUCCAACGCAUGAGAAAGGAAGAAGAUGUCAAUGCCUCUGCAGACCCCAACACCGCCUACCUCGCUUCCUUCGGCCUCAGUCCAAGCUCCCUCGUCGAAAACCUCAUCAUCAUCGACCGCGAGAUCGACUUUCCCACCCUCCUCUCCACCCAACUCACCUACGAAGGCCUCAUCGACGAAAUCUUCGGCAUCACCAACAACAACACGGAAGUCGACUCCUCCAUUCUCGGCGGUGCAGCACCGACCCAACCCCAACAACAAACCAACUCCACCCCGACCGCCGCCACCAAACGCAAAGUCCUCCUCGACAGCACCGACAAACUCUACCCCUUCCUCCGCGACGCCAACUUCGCCACCGUCGGCCCCUCCCUAAACCGCACCGCCCGCCGCCUCGCCUCCGACUCCGAAGCAAUGCACAGCAAAGACCAAACCGUCUCCGACCUCAAAGCAAUCGUCCACUCCAAACUCCCCACCUACCAAGCCGAAUCCGCGUCCCUGAAGAUCCACACCUCCCUCGCCGAGGAGAUUCUCAAACACACCCGCUCCUCCACUUUCCGCUCCCUACUCGACAUCCAGCAAAACCUCCUCGCAGGCACAGACCCAACCUCCCUUCACGACGCCCUCGACGAACUCAUCGCCCGCGCCGCCCCUCUCCCCACCGUCCUGCGCCUUUUAUGCCUCAUGUCCUCCCUCUCCAACGGCCUUCGUCAGCGGGAUCUCGAUCACUUCAAACGCCAAAUCACACAAGCCUACGGCUAUCAACACACCCUCACCCUCUCCCGACUCGAAAAGAUGAACCUCCUCUCCACUCGGGACAGCCACAGAGGCUACCUGAACCCCAUCGGCGCGGCUCUCGGCACCACAGCGACAGACUGGCCCUCCCUUCGCAAAACACUAAAUCUCUGGUCCGAUGACGUGCAAGAAGACGACCCGGUCGACCCAUCAUAUGCCUUCUCAGGCUACGCUCCGCUCUCCGUUCGGCUAGUCCAAGCCAUCCUUCAAAAGUCCGCUCUCCUCAACCCUCCCUCUUCCACAUCCAAAACAUCCAAUCCCCCUGCCCCUACCACCCCCUCAUCAACCGCCGGUGGCUGGACAUCUUUCACAGACCCCCUCUCCCGCAUCCGCGGCGCGACAAUUGACAUCUCUCAAUCCGGGCACAGCAAAGACAUUUCCCAAGCAAAGCAGACUUUACGGGCAGGAGCGAAAGAAGGGCCGAAAGUUUCAAUCGUGUUUUUCUUGGGUGGCGUGACGUACGCGGAAGUCGGGGCGUUGAGGUUGGUGAGCAGGCAGAUUGAGGAGGCGAGUGGGAGGAGGAUUGUGGUUGCUACGACGGGGAUGAUUAGUGGAGGGAAAGCUGUUGGGGCGGCGGUGGAGAGGAGGGGGGUGAUGUAG